AGUUUUUUAAUUCUUGAAAAAUUAAACAAUUGUUCUCCAAUCACUUGAGUUUUGUCGUUUGUAUAAUGAUGUUUGUUUUGCUCAGAAAAGGCGAAACAAUUGACCUGAAAAUCAACAAACUGCACUUUGAAUCUUUCUUUCUCAUCCUCCUUCCUGCUUCUCUCGACAGCUUAUACCUAUUAGGAUCGUGCUAUCAUUGUCGUUAUGGGUGCCAAAGCUUCUAAAAAAGAUAAGGCAAGAUCCGUAUUGGGAGAUCCUGUUGCACUUGCGUCUGAAACAGUUUUCACUGUUAGUGAGGUAGAAGCAUUGCUUGAUCUAUACAAGAAAUUGAGCGGCUCCAUCACCAGUGAUGGGCUGAUACAUAAGGAAGAACUCUUAUUGGCACUUUUCAAGAACCACAAGAAGGAAAACCUUUUUGCAGACAGGAUAUUUUCCCUUUUUGAUGCCAAGCAGAAUGGACAUAUUGACUUCGGAGAAUUUGUGCAAACAUUGAGCGUUUUCCACCCAAGGACUCCUGAUUCUGAGAAAAUUGAAUAUGCCUUUAAAUUAUAUGAUCUUAGGCACACUGGCUACAUUGAGCGCGAGGAGGUGAAGGAGAUGGUCUUGGCUCUUCUUGAUGAAUCCGAUCUUCACCUUUCAGAUGAUGUUGUUGAAGCCAUUGUCGACAAGACGUUUAAAGAAACAGAUACAGACGGUGAUGGCAGGAUUAACCAGGAGGAGUGGAGAGAAUUUGCUGCUAGAAAUCCAAUGUUGUUGAGAAAUAUGACUCUUCCUUAUUUAGUGUAUGUUUUCAGAACCUUCUCUUUUUGGCAAUUAAUGAAACUUCUUUUAAUCACCAGUAAGCAAAUAUAAAACUAGGGCAUCCUAAGCAUAACUGCCCUUCUCUGAACUAUCCUAUUACCAACCAAACUACCUAGGAAACCUACAAAUUACAAACGAUGGAAUUUGUUAUCCCUAACUCUAAUACAAACAGAAGUUUUCAACUCAUCUUCUCAGUGCUUUUAGCUCUAUUCUGAAAGACUCGAGUAUUCCUUUUAAUCCACAAUUCAUACACAGCAGCAGCAAAACAGGCUUUGAUUAAUGUUCCUUGAGAGCUCCUCCUUUUGGCUACAGGGUUCAUCCAUUCCCAUUCCAAGUCGCAAGUUUUUAUGGCCCUGUUGCACUUCUUCCAUGGGAGAAUCUGUUGCCAAACCUUCUUGGAGAAAUGCAAUAAAAAAAGAUGAUGAGCAUGUUCCAGUUGAGAGUUGCAGAGAGCACAGCUACCAUUAAUGCUAAUUCCCCAUUUAAUCAGAAUAUUCUAUGUCCGUAAUUUACCCAAUAAAGCCAGCCAUAACAUGAAUACUUGUUUAGGACUUGCAGCAGUGUGACAUAUCAGGUUCCUCCAUGCGACAUUUUCAAUCUCUCCUCGCAAUGUUAAAUAGGCCAUUUUGAUCUGAUAUUUGUCCCUUCCUAUCAGCUCUCCAGUUUCUGCUAAUGUUUCCUCAUAUACAAGACCUUUCUUACCAUCCAAGAAGCCUGCUGUUGUAGAGAUAUUUAUGCUUCUUUAUAUAAUAAGUAUGAACCCAUGUUAUCCAGAGCCCAGGGCAGUUUGCAUAAAGCUGCUUGAUUCCAUAGUUUCAAGCUCAGAAUAUUCUGUCCACCUGCUCCUUUUGACUAACAAAUUUGCCCUUCUUGAUAUGUUAGCUUUACCUGUCCACAAAUAACUUCGACAAACAGCUUCUAUUAACUUGAUGACUUUCUGAGGGAGUAAGAAUAAUUGGGACCAGUAAGUUUGUACUCCAAACAAAACUGCUGUAAUCAGUUGCAGCCGACUUGCAUAAGACAGGCCUCUUGUGGUCUUGCCUGUAAUCUUUGCCACCAGAGGUUUGCAUUGAGAGACUGUCGGCCUUUUUGUUGAUAAGGGGAACCUGAAAGGUAGCUCACUCAUUUCAUACCUGACAAGACUUAAUAUAUUCCUCUUCCUAUCUCCAUCCACUCCACCAAAAUACACUUGAUUUUUGCUUGAUAAGCCUUCAAUCCAAACGCUCUUGAGAAAAUUUCAAAUCUGUCUCUGAGCAAUUGUACUGACCUCAAAUCCCCUCUUGUGAACAUCAACAGGUCAUCAGCACAACAGAGAUGUGAUACCCCUAGCUUUUGACAUCUAGGGUGAAAAUCAAAGUCUCGCUCAUCCUGUAAAUUAGCAAGGCAUCUGUUCAAGUAUUCCAUUAAUAGCACAAAGAUAUAUAGGGACAUGGGAUCUACCCUGCUGAGACCCCUCUUAGCCUUUUUUCAUAAUAGUGGACAGUCCCACGUUUAUUAGAAAAAAAGUAUAGCUCACUGUGCUUAUGCAAGUCAUGAUCCAUCUAACCUUUCCCAUGGAAAGCACAAUUCCUGUAGCAUUUACUCAAUAAAACACCCACUCUAUUGAAUCAUAUGCUGUUUGGAGAUCCACUUUUAUUAUAUGCCUUAGGGAGGCAUGUUUUCGGGUAUAGCCCUUAACCAAUUAAUGUCUAAGGACAAUGUUGUCUGCAAUGGGUAUGAAAGCUGAUUGGUCCUGUCCCACUAUUCCAUCUAUAACUCCCUUAAUUCUGUCUGGUAUCACCUUGGAGAUAAUCUUGUAUAGAGUUGAGCAACAAGAUAUUGGCCUACAGUCCUUCACUGGCUCAAGGUGUGAAGAUUUUAGGAUUAGGGUGAUCAGGGCAUUGUUCAUUGCUUGGAGAUGUCUAAUUUCAGCAACUAAUUUCUGGCUGCUUUAGCUAUAUCCUCUUUCAAAAUGUCCCAUGAUCUCUUGAAGAACAAUGCAUUAAACCCAUCAAUACCAGGUGACUUGUUAAUAUCUAUAGCAAAUACAACUUUCUUAAUUUCCUCCUGAGUAAUCUCUACACAAAUCCCUUUGCUGUUGUAAUGAGAGGCUAGGACCCCUUCUCAUAAUGUUCAAGGCAAUGCUAGGGAUGUGUGCUUCAUGUGAACCCAGUAACAGUUUGAUAGAACUGCAGGAUCUCAUCUUCGAUCUCAUUUCUGCAGAACUCUACCAGAAGCGUCCUUAAGGAUUGUGAUACUAUCAGAACUAGCUCUUGCUCUCAUACAAGAAAAGAAACACUUAUUGUUUUCAGCAAGCACAUUCAGAAAUCUAAAAGGCUUUCUACAGUGCCACACUUCAGAUCAAUGUGUACAGGGUAGUGAUCUGAAGCAUUCUCUUUAAACUGGGCAGUAAUAGUGCCAUACACCAUUAUACCAAUAAAAAAGAAAUAGUGCCAUACUCCAUUAUCCACUGAGCAUUACAUAAAACUCUUAUAUAUUUUGCUCCAUACAUGAGUAUUUGUCCAUGUGUAUGUUCUACCAGUGGCCUUCAUGUCAGUGAGGUGAAAUAAUGUUAAAGUUUGGUGAAUUUCCCAAGUUUCAUGAUCUGUUAUUUGCUGUCCACCCUAUUCUAUCAUUACUGAAGAGUGGGCUGCUAAAGUCUCCACAAACACACCAUGGCUUGGUGAUAUUCUGACCAAUAGUCUGAAGCCCAUGCCACAGCUCCUUUCUCUCCUCAAUUGUAUUCCUACUAUACAUCAAGAUCCUUUUCAUACAAUUUAUGAGUUCAUUGAAAAAGUUGUAUGAUCAGAUGCUUCUCUUCUUUGUGUUACUGGUACCAUUCUUUUUCAUACAACUUACGAGUUCAUGAAAACAUUAGUAGGAUUAGAUUCUUCUCCCACGUCUUUAGUUGCACUUACGCACCCUGUAUAGGAAGUUGCUGUUCUCUAAGUGUCUUCAUUGAAGUACAGGAUCACAUUAAAUUGAUAUUGCUAUGCCAGAUUUGUAUCAAAUAUUAAGAUCAUUUUACGCGCACAUACAAAUAUUCUGCGUGUGAACAUGCAUCUGUUGGAGCUUUUUCAGACCUGUUUGAAGAUGGAUGGUCUUCAGACUUACGCUUUACUUUUCUGAACCAAAGAAAUGCUGAUUUUUAGGAUAGUUUGUGUUGCAUUGCAAGAGUGCAUCUGACACUUGAACUCCUUUAGGUUGUAACUGUUU